CGUCAUUAGUCAGGCCUUUAAAAGCAGUUGGGAGCAAUUAAUGAUUCUUCUUUUUAAUAGUUUGUCGUGAAAGGAUUAUUGUGGUCCAGUUAUUAUUGUUUAGUUUGUUUUUUAAAUAUUUUUAUAGGAAAAAAUGGGGUGUUCUAAUACCAAAGCUCUUCCAAAUGGUGUGGGAGCCGAGACAUUGAAUAAUACCAUGAAUGUUUUGAGUUCCAAAGCUAUAGAAGAAGGUGAGAAAAUUAUCAAUUCGGCUCAGGAAAAAGUUCUUGAUGAAGGGGAAAAACUUGUAAUGCAAGCACAGGAAAUUAUAGAAAAGUCUGCUGCAGCACUUGAAGAUGUCAUAAGUGGUACAGAUUCCUCCGAAAAAGCAGAACCCAAAGAAGAGUCUGAACCUCCUAAGGCUGCGGAAACCAUUCCAGAAGAAAGCGAGGAAGAAAAAGGUGAAUCUGAAGUUAAAGAAGCAGACUCAAAAUCAGUAGAGGCCGAACAAAGCGAAGAGCCUGCUGUCACACCUCCAGAAGAAAGUACUCCCGAAGUGACGAAUGAAACAGCUGAAGAAAAGACAGAAGAAAAGCCAGAAGAAUCUAGUCUUGUUGAGUCAGAAGAAAAGGUUGAAAGUAACGAAGAGGUAGAACAAUCACCUGAAGAACCAUCUGAAGAAAAGGAAGAGAAAGAAGCUGAUAAAGAUGAGGAAACAAAAUCGAAUGAGGAAAAGGAAGAAAAUUCUGCAGAUACUGAAAAAGAAAGUGCUGCCGAUGACAGUGAGAAAUAACAUUUGCCAUAAUUUUCGUUCUAAUUUAUUGUGUACUGUUCCAUUAUUCUGAUUGUUCACGAUUGUACAUUAUCGUAUCAAGUCUCCUAACAUUUAUCGUGAAACCUUAAAUGUAUAUAUUGUGCAGCUCAUUCCUCGAGAAAACUAUGUAAAUAAGACUGUUUUCCACCUGUUAAAAAUGUAAUAUUAACAAUGAAAGCACUUUUUAGACUUUCAAGAAUUGCAUGUAUAAAAAGCUACCAGACUGCUUUACUAAAUUUUAAAUGUUCUUAUUUAUGCUUAAUGUUCAGAAGUUCGUCUUAGAUUCGUCUAAUGUUCACUUUUUUAAAUGUGUAAAUGUUUAUUGUAUUAAAAUUUUAAGAUUAUUCAAAA